GGCGCCCCGGUACGGUCCCGUCAUAUCUCGGCUCUUCUCCUUUCCCAGAGUCGAGACCACAGAUAUUGUUAUGUAUUUAUGAAGUUUUCGCCCCAUGCAGUCUGAAUUCUUACCACACACACUCACUUAGGCAGUUUAGGACUAGAAGCUCCGCCCCUUCUCCCUGUCAGAUGCGAGAACGGGGUCUCAGCCCUCGCUCCACCCACUGCACCUCUCACGUGUUGCCGGUUGUCAGCCGGUGUGAGUGCCUAUGAGUCGCAGCCAUGCUGCUUUCCGCUGUGCUUUAUACGUAUUCCCUGCGUUACAUGGUGCCCACGGCUGUCAUGUUGGGCAGUGCGCCCACCUACCUACUGGCCUGGGGCUGCUGGAGGGCCCUGAGCACCGUUCUACCCGAGCGAAUCUACCGGAGUGGGGAUGACAGGCUGUACACCCUGUACCAGAGCAUGGUGCUCUUCUUCUUCCAGCAUUACACCGGGGUGGAGAUAAUCAUCUAUGGGGAUUUGCCAACGAAGGAGAAUAUCUUAUACAUCUCCAAUCAUCAGUGUACAGUUGAUUGGAUAGUUGCAGAUAUGUUGGCUGUUCAGCAGAAUGCCUUGGGUCAUGUACGGUAUGUUCUCAAGGAUGGCUUGAAAUUUCUUCCUCUGUAUGGAUUUUAUUUUUCACAGCAUGGUGGGAUAUAUGUCAAAAGAAGUGCCAAAUUCAAUGAAGAGAAGAUGAGAAACAAAUUGUCGUCUCAAGUUAAAGCAAAUACUAAGAUGUAUCUUGUCAUAUUUCCAGAAGGAACUCGUUAUAAUCCCAGCAUCCCAAAGGUUAUUGCAGACAGUCAAGCAUUUGCUAAGAAAGAAGGGCUUCCAGUGUUAAAGCAUGUGCUGACUCCACGUGUAAAGGCAACUCAUGUUGCAAUUGAUGUAAUGCAAGAUUACCUUGAUGCAGUUUAUGACAUAACUGUUGCUUAUGAAAGGACUAUCGGCAAAGGUGGACAAAGAAAAGAAGCUCCCUCUAUGAUAGAAUUUUUGUGUAAGGAAUGUCCAAGAAUUCAUAUUUUUCUGGAACGAAUUAGUGUAAAGGACAUUCCAAAGGAACAUAUAUUUAUGAAAAGAUGGUUACAUGAGCGCUUUGAAGUGAAAGAUAAGGUGUUGACAGAGUUCUAUGAAUCCACAGACCCUGACAAAACCAAUACAUUUCCUGGAGUAGCUCAUAAUGCCAAACUGGAGUUAAGGAGGACUGUGCCAUCGUUGCUGAUUUUAACUGGAGUGACUGCCGGUAUGCUUUGCACAGAAACAGGAAGAAAAGUUUAUCUGAACACAUGGAUUUAUGGGACCCUUAUUGGGAUUCUGUGGGUCAGCAUCAAAGCCUAAGCAAACUGUUUACCUCUGAAUCAGCUGCAUAUUAUACCAAAACUUUUUUUUGUUGUACAUUUAGUACCUCUGCAUAAAGCCUUUGUAAUUUGUUUUAGAAAAAACAGGAUGCAAAUGUGCUUAACAAGUUAAGCUUUGCUGACAGCUUUCACUCCCAGUGCUUUUUUUUUUUAAUUACUAUUAAAAAAGUUACUGUCCUUUAUCUUUGUUCAGUAGGUGUGUGGAACAUCGAAUGGGGUCUCGUGGUAAGGGGGUUCUUUCCCUGACUUUGUCAAAGGCUCUGGUUUGUUUUUCUGGUACAGGUAUGGAACAUAUAGAGUCUAUGGAGAUGGCCUUCUCAUAAUUCAGAGCUUUCUGGAUAAAAGAUUCCAUACCUGUAUUAAAAUUCUGAACUAUAGUGUACUUUCAUUUUAAACCCAACCAUGAGACAGAGUAAUGUUCUACAUUCCUGCCAAAAUGAGAUGCACACUGUGCUAACAAUUGUUUUGACUUGCAAUUCACAUAGAAUAUGAUUUCAGUUUUCACUUUUAGUCCUUGCAAUUAGACCUUUUCAUGCCGCCUUUGGUAUUUUUUUUAUAAAUGUUUUUAUUUUUGAUCAAGCAUGUUAUGUUGCCAUUCAUACCGAAGCCUGUGCCUUUUGUGGUAUUCAAUUUAUCCAGAUUUAGUUAUAAAUGCUUGUGCCCCUUUGCGACAAUUUCACUCUUCAUAUAUAUAAUGACAUCAGUUAUGAGUUUUUAGAUGAAUCAAAAUGGAAACCAUUUACUAGAAAAAGUAUGGACCAGAUAAAUGAGUUUUCAACAUCAUGUGAAGGUUUUUUCUGUUUGUUUAUUUUUUAUAGAGGAAUUAAGAUUGAUUGGAUGGCAGUUCAUAUAAAUUACCCUCUGUGUGUUUACAUAUAACCUGUUAUAUUUUCACAAUGUUUGUUCAUUAAGGAGAUAACAUGUCUUAAUUUAAGGCAAUAAUCUAUGUCAAAUUUUAUAUAGUGUUCAGAAAUUGGCAGCAUUUUUGCACAUUAUUAGUAGGUAUUGGAAGUUCUAAGCUGUAAUUAAGAGGAAAAUACUUUAAGGGGAAGAUAUAUUGAAGUUUGAAAAAGUUUUUCUUAUUCUCAGGUAUUUAUAAUUUGUUGUGUAAAUUUGCUUGAUUGUAAGAGUCAUCUUGAGAUUUAUUACACAUUUAAGGUAAAGGAUCUGAAAAAUCCAUGAGUUGAAUGCUAGAAAGCUUUCCAUUCAGCUAGAAGAGGCCAGCAAAAGCAAAAAAAACAUUUGAGAACAUUUGAUAAAUAUCUCAAAUUCUCAAUCUACAGGAGAAACACAAUUUUUGUUCCAUCAGGAUCAAACUUUUGAUAAAUCAUCCCUUUUUAUUAGUGUUUCUCAUGCAAAUGUCCCCAGCUCAUUAAUGAAAUUGUUAGGACCUGGUUCAGUUAAACUGUAUGAGGUUUCGAUACAUCUUUUAUAUAUCCUUCUAGAGUUGGUAUAAUUGUCCUAUGUAGUGGAGAUACACUUAUUUAUUUACAAAAACACACGUAUAUAUAUGAUAGUGGAUAUGUAUAUCAUAUAAUAUAUACGAGAGAGUUUCUUCUCAAAAGAAUUUUGAUUGUUUACAUGGGCACAGUGCUGUGGUACGCUGGACAUAGAUUUUUGCAGCGAUAAGUAAGUACAUAGGCCAAAGCAGAAUACUUUUCUAUUACAAAUAUAUUAAUAAAUGAAUUAAUUAAUGGUUAAAUACAAAUUACAUUUUAUCAUU